UGAUGGAUGAUCAAAGGGUUGGUGAUCUUCCUCCAGGAUUUAGUUUUGAUCCAACUGAUGAAGAGCUUGUUUUGUAUUAUCUCAAAAGCAAAAUAGCUGCAAAUUUAUCCUUCAAUAUUCCUCAUCUCCAUUUUUCUUCUUCUGACCCUUCCCAACUCAAUGAAAGGGCUUUGUGGAGCAAAAAUCAAUGGUAUUUUUUCAGCCAAGUGAAGGAAAAUAAUAAUCGAGCUACAGGAAGAGGAUAUUGGAAGGAAUUAAAUAUGAAUGAGCCAAUUAUACUUAAAAAUUGUGGUGAAAAAGAAAAAAUAAUAGGAAUAAAGAAAUAUUUUGUGUACUAUAUUACUACUAAUAUUCAUGAACAAGUACAAACCAAUUGGAUUAUGGAAGAAUUUCACCUCAAGAGAGAAAAUGAGAAGCUAUUGGAAUGGGUUGUAUGUAGAGUACAUGAAUCAAAGAACAAUUCUGAAGGGAUAACUUGUGAUGAUAAUAAUGAAAUUGAGCUCUCAGCUUUGGAUGAAGUUUUUUUAUCAUUGGAUGAUGAUCAAGAACAAGAGGAAAUAAGUUUUCCAUACUAAUUAGA